AUGCCUGGAGUCAACGUUAACCCCCAAACUCCUCAGGAGAAGUACGACCUGAUCGUCUCGGGCUUGCAGGAGGUGCUCGGUGCAGACAUCUUGAAGGCCAAGCUUGAUAAAGGCGAAACUGUGUCUCUGUACUGGGGAACUGCAACUACUGGCCGUCCUCACUGUGGUUACCUAGUGCCCGCAACUCAGAUCGCUUCUUUCCUCCAGGCUGGAUGCCGCGUCAAGGUUCUCCUUGCUGAUAUCCAUGGCUUCCUCGACAACUGUGAGUACUUCCCGUCUAUCUACCGCCACUGUAUUACAAGUCUCCUGAAGGCCGUCGGAGUGUCCAUCGAGAAGCUCGAAUUCGUUCUCGGUUCUUCUUACCAGCUUACUCCUGAAUUCAACAUGGACAUGUACCGUUUGCACAGUAUCGUCAGCUCACACGAUGCCAAGAGAGCUGGUGCUGAGGUUGUCAAGCAGACUGACAGUGCUCCUCUGAGUGCCUUGAUUUACCCUAUCAUGCAAUGUCUCGAUGAGCAGUACCUCGAUGUUGACGCUCAGUUCGGUGGUGUCGACCAGAGAAAGAUUUUCGCCCUUGCAAAGGAGAUCCUGCCCAAGGUCGGCUUCCGCGAGCGUGCCCAUCUGAUGAACUCUAUGGUUCCUGGUCUCACUGGUGGCAAGAUGUCGAGUUCCGACCCUGACUCAAAGAUCGAUCUUUUGGACGCACCCGAGAUCGUCAAGAAGAAGCUGAAGAAGGCUGUCGCUGCCCCCAAGGUCGUCGAGGAAAACGGUGUCCUCAGCUUCGUCGAAUACGUCCUCCUCCCCAUCUCCGCUCUCCAAACCGGCGAGCAAAAAUUCGUCGUCGAGCGCAGAGAAGGCGAACCCCUCGUCUACACCUCCAUCGACCAGAUGCACGCCGACUACCGCGAGGACAUCCUCUCUCCCCAGAUCCUCAAGCCUGCUGUCACCGACGCCCUGAACAAGCUUCUUGCACCCAUCCAAGCAGACUUCCAGGCCAACGAGGAGUGGCAGAAGGUUGAGAAGUUGGCUUACCCUCCCCCUCCUGCCCCUGAGAAGAAGGUCAAGGUUAAGAAGGACAAGGGUUCUAGAUUCCCUGGUGCUGCUAAGAAGGAUGUUGUUGCUCAGCCUGAUGGCCAUGUUGAGGGUCCUGGUAGUGCUGAGGUGAAUGUUGGUAAGGCUGAGGAGGGUCUUAAGAACCUUGAGGUCGAGGAGAAGUAG